GGUGGGGAGGGGCUGAGCCCCGGGGGGAGGCGGAGAUGCCCGGAGAGCAGCGCCGAGCCACCGGGGGGGGUCCCCGCAGAAACGUGUCGCCAAUUCCAGCAGAGAAGGGUGACGGCUCCUCACCUCGACCCGGUUUGGUAUGGUUCCCAAACGCGUUCACACAUUUGCUGGUGGAAGGUGGGUUUGAACCAGAUACGUUUGAGAAGAGAGCGGCCCAGGAGAUGGAUUGCGAUGGAGCGCCUCAGAUGAACGGCGUCACGGAUCAAAUCAAACUCUCCUCUUUAAAGGAUGCUGUAAUAGGGCUGACGGAGAGUGUAACAGAUAACGAGCGGGCGAAGAGGAAAGCCGACAGACGCCGGGCGAAGAAAAAGCGACAGAGAGAAAGAAGAAAGUUAGAGAAAGGGAAAGGGAAUGAAGAGAACGAGCAGGACGAUGAGGAAAGCGAGAGCGAGGAGGAGAUGGAAUUGAGUUCGAAGCCCCUGGACACCACAGAGGACACAAACGGGCAGAGCGACACCGUUGCACAGCCCUUCGGCUCCUCGGCCAACCCGCACCUGGGCCGCUCUUCCUCAAGCGACGAGGAGCCUGAAUGGGAUGUAACCAGUGCUUUUGUCACCAAUGCUGCCAGUCACAUCAAAGCCAAGGUUAAACUCAGGCCAGGCCGCAGGUCAAAGGAGAACAAGGAGAACGAGGGCAAAAGCCAGGAGGAGGGGCUGGACCCUUCGGUGCUGAGGAGCAGGGAAUUGGCUGAGCAAGGCAUUGACCUGGCUAAACAAGGAUACUACUCAAAAGCCGUGGAGUUAUUCACAGCAGCUGUACAGUUUGAUCCCAACGAUCACAGGUAUUUUGGGAACAGGUCUUACUGCUACGAUCGGCUGGGAAAAUACAGUCUUGCACUAGAAGAUGCUGAAACCUCCAUCAGGCUGGACUCCAAGUGGCCGAAGGGCUACUUCAGGAAGGGACGUGCUCUGCUGGGAAUCAAGAGGUACCUGGAGGCAGAGAUGGCUUUUGAGGUUGUGUUACAGCUGGACAAAGGCUGCCAGGACGCCAUUAAUGAGCUGUUCAACGUUCGCAUUCUCAGGCUGAUGAACGAGGGCUUUACCCAGCAACAAAGUGUAACCUUAUUACAGGAGCACAAGAGUGUGAAAGCUGCACUGGAGUCACCGUUAGCGUCAACAACUCUGGAGAUGAACCCUGGGACGUCCUCUGAAAUUGCUGACGGAGAGGACAGUUUGUUUUUAAUUGAUUUUCCUAUAAUCGAGUGUCAAACAGAGUCGCUAUGGGUUGGCAACAUAACCGUUCACGUGAAAGAGAAACAAUUGAAAGACUUGUUUAAAAACUACGGGGAGAUCGACAGUAUUCGGAUCCUGCACGAGCGAUUCUGCGCGUUUGUCAAUUUUAAGUGCCAUGAGGCUGCCGCUAAAGCAAUGGAGGCUUUGCAGGGUAAAGAGAUCGAAAACACUAAGCUGCUAAUCAGGUAUCCAGACCGACACCUGAGCAAGAGUAUUCCCCAGCCACCGAAGCCACCUGCUCCAUUGCCGAUAACAGUACAGCCCAAAUCCCUGUCUCCAGCUAAUGGGGUGAAGCGGAGAGGCCCUGUACACGGAGGAGAGUGUUAUUUCUGGAGGACCACAGGCUGCCAUUUUGGAGACAAGUGUCGGUACAAGCACAUUCCCAGACACAAAGAAGUGGACAAGAAACCUUGGCAGCAUUGAAGCGUGAGAGGAGAGAGUGAGGAAGAGCGAGAGAGAGAGAGAGAGUGAGUGU